GUAUCUGUUUACCGUUGCUUGGCGAUAACACUCAGAAUGGACCGGGGGCUUAUCCCAGCAUACAAUGCUCUUACUGAUGAAAACCUGGUGCAUUUCUUCUGUCAAGAGAAAAUCCGUCAACAUCUCUGGAAAUCAGGCCUGGUGACCCAUGAUGGAUUAAUUGUAUCAGAGAAAGACUAUCGUCUGAAUAUGGCCAAACUGGACCACAUCGACCACGUGAAACGCAAUCUCUCUUCAAAGGAAGGCUACGACACCUCCAAGUAUUGUAUCUUACAGAAUAAAGGUAAUAUGAAGAGAAUUAUGUCAAGCAUAAGCUUGGGGAGCAACACUAGCAGAGAAAAGAGUGAGGUGAACACCAGAAGGAGUGAGAAAGUGAAACAAGCACUCUGUGAGUUGGAAAAAAAGGACAUUGAACAGUUAACCGGUAUUCGUCUCAAACCUGGUCUCUCUUCCUUUGGUCUGCUUGUUAUGGUUUCACCUCCUCAAAGUCCUUCCUCUAGCAGAUAUCAUGCAUCACGUGGACAGAAGGAAUGGCAGUCCAAAACACCAGUCAGAAGUUUACAGAGUCCUGAUGGUUCUUGGAUCAGACCAGCCCAUAAUUCAAAGAAGGUCCCAAAACCGUUAAGAUCCAGCAACAGACAGAAUGCAGUUGUGACCUUAAUCUAUCUUGGAAAGCAAGUAUCACUGCCGUGUGAACAGAGAAAUCCCAGAGAUGACGUAACUGUGUAUCAGCAACACUGUGGCGGGCAGAACCUGUGUGUCUACAAGGGACAAUUGCUUAAAGGAGAAAGGUUCCAGUUUGUGUCUCAUCGUAAUCCUGGAUUUGGCUUCAGUUUGAACUUUUCCUUAAAUGGGGUGCCAGUGGAGAGGCUCAGUACGUGCUGUGAAUACAGACACCAACCGGGACGUCGGCUCGGCAGUAAGAAUGGAUACUUUGGGUUCGUUGAUGUGAAGGGGUCCGCACCUUGCGAGAGAUGCCAAAUAGCAGCUAUGUGCCCUAAGGACAGCGACACCGUUUCUGAUCCUGGGAAGGAAAAUAAGGAGGACAGUUCCGUGUAAGAAAUGUGUGAGAGUGACGUGAAGAGGAAAAGAAGACCUGUAUAUAGAAGUGCGACGUUUACAUUUAUUACUGGAUGUGACAUUUUGUCUAAUAUAGGUAAACAUUACCAAAAAAAAAUGUAGAUCGGUUUAUGACUAAAAGGCUGCAGAUUUCUAAGUAGCCUUUACUCCGGUAAUUACUUCUCUUGGUCAUUAAUAGAUGUACAGCAUACAUAUGACAUGUGAAGAGCAAAUCUGUCAACACGUCAGCAGUGAUAUUCCAGUAAAUACACGACACAGAAUUUAUACACAUAUACAGAAAUGUAUUUAAAUUUUAGGUUUUGCUAAACGAGUUGUUAAAAGACCCGAGUGUCACUCUGGCGCUAAAUGCGCUAAUCGCCAGUGUCGAUCGGACAACCUUAUGGAUGCGUCACAUGUAAGACUGUCAUUGCUGUGUCAACAAUAUGGCCCAUGAAAA